UUCCGUGCGCGAGGGGAGCGAAGAUCGAUGUAGUGCUGCUGCAGGACAUUGCUGGGGGUUUUUUCGUUUUCUUUAGUUGCUGCACAGUGGUGUUACCCAUCAAGUGGUGAUAAACGCAGUAAACGCCACAUCCAUCAAGGAUGUAAAACGUGUGCACCGGACGCGGAAAAUCCACUUCACGCAACGGUUUAUUUCGUCCAUCAACCAAAAACCCCAUCAAGCAUCGGUGUCCGAUUGGGGACAAGGGUGAAAAACCGAGUAGACUCGGCCAGUUCCCAGGCCCUCUCCAAUAUAAGGCCGGAGCGGCAAGGUUGUGGGCAAAAACCAUAUGCUCUUUAUACGGCUCCGAGAAGCGCAGAAACGUAAAAUCCCGAUGCGAUAGACGGGAAAAGCUAAUACUCACCACCAUGAGCUACACGGCGGAAGAGAAAAUUAAGCUCGCGGGCGAAGACUCGAAGGAUCGGCUGUACGAGGCGAAGCAGAACCAGAAGGCGAUACGCAUCCUUACGGUAGCGGCGUACGUGCUGUGCGUAUCGCUUGUCGCCAUCAUGCUGUCGCUGUACUAUAUCUUCUUCUGGGAUCCGAGCACAAAUCCGAUGCAGCAGAAAACGCAAACGAUCGAUACCCUUAUCAUACCGGAUCACUUGGCAAUACGGUUGGCGAAUCGUAGCGAGGUGCCAGCGAGCCGCUUUUUCCACACCUUCUACCAGCAUCUGGUGCAGGAUCGGGUCGUAAAGAUUAGGAAGGAGGUGCACAUCACGGAGUCGACCAACCUGACCAGGCUGAUUGAGCUGUACCAUCAGCAGCAGCAACAGAUAAGGCAACGGCGUCCGGAAAAGUCGCUCCGAAAGCACGGAACAGUCGGUCAGCUGGCUUACCAGGUGCAAUCGGAGCAGCAGGGUUCGGUUAGUGACGGUCCCCGGCUGAACACGGACGAGGACGACGGUAGUGAUGAUUAUGAGCAGAGCGGCAACUACGAGCUGUACUCCAACCACACCACCAUCCAGCUCGAUGCGGACGAAACGGAGCAACAGUGAGGUGAAGGAAGCGUACGCUUCACCGUAAAAUUCAACCAACCAAAAACAAAAACACAAACAAAUGAGCAACCUGCACGGCUUUGUGCACACGGAAAGUAUACAGGAUUAGAAAACCCCCCUUAUAAACACACACACACACCACUCCACACCAUAUACAGGAAUUGCGCACACGUUUACGAUACGAUUUUAAUGCACCACCACCACGAAUUGCCCAACACCGUUAGAAUGGCACCGCAGGAAGGAAUUAACCAUGGAAAGCGAGCAGUUGAUUGAAUAUUGACGAGCAGAAAGAGGGGUUAGGAUCCCCUUAGUAACCUUGGGCACCGAUUUUCACGCGGCUUCCCAACGAAUUAGAGCUGAGAGUGUCGCUAUUACGAGAUCACAAUAACAUUGCAACAACGCCGCCAGAACCGUAUCUGGGGUUUCCGGUAGGAAAUAAAACGGAGAACAUGGUAGGGGAGUUAGUAACUUUGUGGCCUAAACGAUUAACGUGUGUACUCUAACCAAAUAUAAUACGGUAAUCUCCCGCCUCCUUGACGUAACUAUUUCUUCUAUUUGUUAAGUGCUACAUUGUGACGAAAACAGCAUGUUUUCGCUGUUACAAUAAUGUCGAGCUCAUGUAACAAAGUUGGGGAACCAUUUCUAUACCUAAUUACAACUGAACUAAAGAGUUACAGGUAGUCUUUCAUAAUUGGUUUCAUCUUGCAAACGUUCCAGACAGGGGGAGUUACGGAACGCCGUGAAGGACGAGUUUGUGUUCAGUAUCAAUUAAUAUCCUAGGUCCGUUUUUAACAGCAAGUGUUUUAAAUUAUAAUAUCUGAUAAUGAUUCGUUACUUCCUAACACUCUUGAUCUGGGACUUAUUAUUAUUACUUCAGGAUAUUUACAUCUCCGAAUAUUUAGGAAAUUAACUGGAAAAGAUCUCAGUAAUGGUUCCUAUCUUUGCCACUUUGAACUCGAACGCGCUUGUUAAGUAAUUUCUGAACAACACAAUUUUAUCACCAUCCGGUGCAGUUACGAGGCAUACUAGGCACCACAAAAAAGAAGGUGCAUCUUCUUUACAGGGUGAUGAGUUUGUUUACUUUUGAAAACAAAAAAAAAACGAAACUCUUGCAAUAACAUGAAAUAUUCAAACGAAGAUGCACCCACACCGGUUA